AUGGAUCAAGGAAAUACGGAAGUAAUCGAUUUGACCCUCAAGCCCUCAACAUGUGGAAAAGUCUUUCACGCCAACCCGUUAUCGUUCGAUACGGCACCACGCAUUUUUAGUCCGGUCUUCGUGAUUUAUCUCUUGGCUGUUCAUUUGCGAUACCUUAUUGACGAUUACGAUGAGCAAAACGCUGAAAAGUGCUCCCAUUUGCAGGUUUGA